AUGCCGUCGGACUCAGGCGACUCAAACAACCGGAAACAACCCACCAAGGCGCAGAGCAGCCUGGGAGCUCCACCGCCGGAGCAGGAGCACCUGCCGUGUCCUCGCUGCGAGUCCACCAACACCAAGUUCUGCUACUACAACAACUACAACUUCUCUCAGCCUCGUCACUUCUGCAAGUCCUGCCGCCGCUACUGGACCCACGGUGGGACCCUCCGUGACAUCCCCGUCGGCGGCGGCAGCCGCAAGAACGCCAAGCGGUCUCGGACGUGCUCCAGCAAUGGUUCCAUGGUCUCUGCUGGGUCUGAUCACGCCUUGCCCGCCACCCCGGUUUUCAUGCCGGUGUCUGCGGGACAAGGCGGCUUCGGCGGGGGAGGGGCGGUGCAGUUCGGCGGCUGCGGUGGAGGACUGAAAGGUAAUGUGAGUAAUGGAGGGAGCUUUACUUCUCUGCUCAACACUCAGCCAGGGUUUUUGGCUUUGGGGGGAUUUGGGCUUGGGCUUACUACUGGGUUUGAGGAGAUGGGCUUCGGGUUCGGUAGAGCUGUGUGGCCUUUUUCCGGGAUGGGAUCCGACAGUGGUGCCGGGAUCGGGGGUAAUGGUGUUGCCCAUGGGAUGAUGAACGCGUGGCAGUUUGAGAAUGGUGAGGCUGGAGGGGUUGUGAAUGUUGGUCUUGGUGGUGGUGGUGGAGAGUUCUGUUCUUGGCCAGAGCUGGCAAUUUCUACUCCUGGAAAUGGUCUCAAGUGA